AUGGCUGUACAAAGCAACUCCGAAGGCCGAGUGUCAAGUGGUGCAGAUCCUUUGCCCAAGCUGGCUUUCCUAGGACCUGAAGGCACUUACUCGCAUCAGGCUGCCUAUGAACGCUUCGGGGAGAGUGUUGACUACAAUGCUCGAAGAACCAUAGCAGGUGCUUUCCGCAGUGUCGAUGAAUCCUUUCCACUUGCACUACUCCCCCAAGAGAACUCCAUCUUCGGUUCCGUAGUGGAGACUUACGACCUCCUGCGGGAUCCUGCUCUCGGCCAUUCCGCGUGGAUUCGCGGCGCUGUCGUCCUUCCUGUACAACACUCUCUUGUGGUGCGCUCCGGUACACAACUUUCGGGCAUUCGGAGAGUGCUCAGUCAUGAGCAAGCCCUGGGACAGUGCGCGGGAUUCUUAGAUUCCCAUUUGCCUGGGGUCAAGAAAGAGAGCGUACCCAGCACAGCUGGAGCAGCGGAGAGACUUUCAAAAGAGGAGACUAUGGCUGAUGCAGCUGCCAUCUGCAGCAAGUUCUGCACGAGACUAUUCCCGGGGUUGGAAGCAUUACGCGAAGGGAUACAGAACGAGAGCAACAACUUCACCCGGUUCUACGUCUUGGCGAAUACGCAGACGGAAACCCUGCCAGGUGCGGUCGAGCCCGACCAGCACUGCUAUGCUUUGCUUCGGAUACGUCUACGGCCGGAGAUCGCUGGUACUGUGAAUAGUCAACCGAGGAAGAAGACCGCGUCCAUAUCGGACAUCCUCCAGGAGUUGAACCUCUCUGUAUCGCGAAUCGACCGUCGUCCGAGUCUAACGACGGGCGAAGGACAAUUCAAUAGUGUCUACCUGGUGGAAGUUGUCGGAGAUGCAGAACCGCACAGAAUACCGGCACGUUUGAGCGGUGAUGAGGAAUACGAAAGAUAUAGCUGGCUAUCCGUAUUGAGAGGGGCGCUCAUGGGGAUACAAGCUGUGGGAGGGCAGGGGGAAGUAAUUGGCUUGUGGUAG